UUCUGCUGCCAACUCGACAACACCUCAUUCAAACUUCUACCGUCUUUUCUUUAGUUUUUAGAACCUGAUUAUACCCUUGAUUAUUUGAUUUGUACCUUGUACCUUAUAUUAGAUCAAUGGCUAGCUCACAGAAGAAAGAAAAGAAAGUUGCUUUAAUCACUGGAAUAACUGGCCAGGAUGGUUCAUAUCUUGCUGAAUUUUUAUUAAACAAAGGUUAUGAGGUGCAUGGGAUUAUAAGACGUUCUAGUUCCUUCAACACAGGAAGAAUAGAACAUUUGUAUGCAGAUAAACAUUCUCACAUGGGAGGAGCUAUGAAAACCCAUUAUGGAGAUCUUACAGACAGCACAAAUCUAGUGAAGAUUGUUUCACAGGUUCAGCCUGAUGAAAUAUAUAACCUUGGAGCACAAAGUCAUGUUAAGGUAUCCUUUGAAUUAGCUGAAUACACUGCUGAUGUUGAUGCCGUUGGUACUCUACGUCUUCUGGAUGCCAUCAAAACUUGUGGAUUGGAAAAGUCUGUCAAAUUUUACCAGGCAUCUACAAGUGAACUGUAUGGAAAGGUUAAAGAAAUCCCUCAAACAGAAACAACUCCAUUUCAUCCAAGAUCUCCAUAUGGUGCUGCCAAACUCUAUGCCUACUGGAUUGUGGUCAACUAUCGUGAAGCUUAUGACAUGUUUUGCUGUAAUGGAAUUCUGUUCAAUCAUGAAAGUCCAAGGAGGGGUGAAACAUUUGUCACACGUAAAAUUACUCGUGCUGUGGCCAAGAUACAUCUAGGACUUCAAAAAGAUUUGAGAUUAGGAAAUUUAGAUGCCAAGAGAGAUUGGGGACAUGCUCGAGACUAUGUAGAGGCAAUGUGGAUGAUGUUGCAACAGGAUAAACCUGAUGAUUUUGUGAUUGCAACAGGAGAAAUGCACAGUGUACGGGAAUUUGUAGAGAAGUCCUUUCACCACGUUGGUGUAGAAAUAGAGUGGGAGGGCGAAGGCGAUACUGAGAUCGGCAAGGACAAAAAGACUGGGAAAGUUCUGGUUCGUGUUGAUCCUAAAUACUACAGACCUGCUGAAGUAGAACUUCUGCUUGGUUCUGCAGUCAAAGCGGAGAAAAUUCUUGGAUGGAAAAGGAAGACUAAGUUUGAGGAUCUUGUGAAAGAAAUGGUUGAAGCUGAUGUAGCCUUGAUGAAAGCUAAUCCCAAUGCAUAGUAGCAUCUUGUAUUAGGGAUUUAUUUAACAUCAGCAUUUCUGCUGAACAACUGAAUUUUGAAGGGUGUCUUUUUAUUUAAUAUAAAGAUAUUCUUGAGAACACAUUUAAGGGUUUAUUUAUGGGACAUAGCAUGUUUCUUUCACAGAAAUGAAUUAUUUUAUGUUUAUUUAAAUUUAGUAAUUCAUAUCUACACUUCCUGUUCAUAUCUCUAGAAUGUGAGAAGCAGAAGAUGGCAUUGUGUUGAUAAAAUAAAAUGGCAAAUUGAGUUAUCAA